CUCGCCAUCCUCUCCUCCUUCGUCGUUGCGUCCAGCGACCGGAGCCUUCGCCAUUCCCAUCAUGGCCUCCCGUCCUGGUCCUCGCAGCCAGGAGGGCAUGUAUGUCCCCUCGUCUCCCCCCUCCUCCGACCCUCAUGAUCCCUUCCACCAACCCGUCCAAAUGCCCGAGCCUCACCGCUAUUACGACAACGACUCGGAACGAUACGACAGGCAGCGAGAUACCUACGCCUCAGAUGGCAGUCAGGGAGACGACGAUAGGUACUACGAGCACGGCGGGGCCUACGACUACACCCAACCGGACACAGACUCGGACAUGGAUGUGUACGGCCAGAAAUACGUACCCUCGACCGAGUCGCUCGGCCCACCGCGUAUGGGAAUCUCAGAGUCCUCAACCCCGACAUUCGUCGACCACAACGGCGUCUCUGUCCGAGAACCGUACCCUGCAUGGAGUUCCGAGCGCCAGAUACCGCUGUCCAAGGAAGAGAUCGAGGAUGUAUUCCUGGACCUCACGCAGAAGUUCGGAUUCCAGCGGGACUCGAUGAGAAACAUGUUCGACUUCGUAAUGCAACUUCUCGAUAGCCGCGCAUCGCGAAUGUCGCCCAACCAAGCACUCCUGACUCUCCAUGCGGACUAUAUCGGUGGCCAGCACGCGAACUAUCGCAAGUGGUAUUUCGCGGCCCAGCUCGAUCUGGACGAUGCGAUUGGCUCGACGCAGAAUCCAGGCCUACAGCGGCUGAGGUCCCAGAAGCGCAAGUCAAGGGGCCACAAGGCCGCGGAGAGACAGCUGCACAGUGCGCUUGACCGGUGGCGGCAGGCGAUGAACAACAUGAGCCAGUACGACCGGAUGCGCCAGAUCGCGCUCUGGCUGCUGCUCUGGGGCGAGGCUGCGCAGGUGCGGUUCGUGCCCGAGUGCUUGUGCUUCAUCUUCAAGUGCGCGGACGACUACUACCGCUCGCCCGAGUGCCAGAACCGGAUAGACCCCGUGCCGGAGGGUUUGUACUUGCACGCCGUCGUGAAGCCGCUGUACCGGUUCAUCCGGGACCAGGGGUACGAGGUCGUCGAUGGCAAGUUCGUGCGCAAGGAGAAGGACCACGACCAGAUUAUCGGGUACGAUGAUGUCAAUCAACUGUUCUGGUAUCCUGAGGGUAUUGCACGGAUUGUCUUAACUGACAAGACGCGCCUGGUCGACCUCCCACCAUCGCAGCGGUUCAUGAAGUUUGACCGGAUAGACUGGAACCGCGUCUUCUUCAAGACGUACUUCGAGAAGCGUUCCUUCGGCCACCUGCUCGUCAACUUCAACCGGAUAUGGGUCAUACACGUAUCCAUGUACUGGUUCUACACGGCGUAUAACUCCCCGACAAUUUACAAUGGCGACAAGUCCUCGGCUAUGCGCUGGUCCGCUACCGCUCUCGGCGGCGCCGUCGCUACUAUCAUCAUGAUCGCAGCCACGCUCGCUGAGUUCUCGUACAUACCCACCACCUGGAAUAACACGUCUCACCUUACGCGCCGGCUUAUCUUCCUUGUCAUCACGCUCGCGCUCACAGCUGGUCCCACGUUCUACAUCGCGAUCGCGGAGUCAAAUUCUCCCGGUGGCUCGCUUGCGCUCAUCCUCGGCAUCGUCCAGUUCUUCAUCUCAGUCGUCGCGACGCUACUGUUCGCCGUCCUGCCCUCGGGCCGGAUGUUCGGUGACCGCGUCGCGGGCAAGUCGCGCAAGUACCUCGCGAGCCAGACGUUCACGGCCUCCUACCCGUCGCUGACCUCGUCGGCGCGGAUAGCGUCCCUCUUCCUGUGGUUCCUCGUGUUCGGGUGCAAGCUGACGGAGAGCUACUUCUUCCUGACGCUGUCGUUCAAGAACCCGAUCCGGGUCAUGGUCGGGAUGCAGAUCCAGGGCUGCAACGACAAGUACUUCGGGAACGCGCUGUGCAGGAACCAGGCGGCGUUCACGCUCACGAUCAUGUAUCUCAUGGACCUGGUGCUCUACUUCUUGGACACGUUCCUGUGGUGGAUCAUCUGGAACACGGUGUUCUCGAUCGGGAGGAGCUUCGCGCUGGGGUUGUCGAUCUGGACGCCGUGGAAGGACAUCUACACGCGGCUGCCGAAGCGCAUUUACUCGAAGAUCUUGGCUACGGCGGAUAUGGAGACCAAGUACAAGCCCAAGGUUCUUGUCUCACAGAUCUGGAACGCGAUCAUCAUCUCAAUGUACCGGGAGCACCUGCUCUCGAUCGAGCACGUUCAGAAGUUGCUGUACCAUCAGGUCGAUGCACAGGACGGCCGUCGCAGCCUGCGCGCGCCCGCGUUCUUCAUCUCGCAAGGGGACAAGGGCUACCGCGGCCAGUUCUUCACGCCCGGAAGCGAGGCGGAGCGGCGCAUCUCGUUCUUCGCCCAAUCGCUGACUACCGCCGUCCCGGAGCCGCUUCCUGUCGAUGCCAUGCCGACGUUCACCGUAUUGACGCCGCACUACAGCGAGAAGAUCUUGCUCUCUCUGCGCGAGAUCAUCCGCGAGGAGGACCAGAACACGCGUGUCACGCUCCUCGAGUACCUGAAGCAGCUGCACCCGGUCGAGUGGGACAACUUCGUCAAGGACACCAAGAUCCUCGCGGAGGAGUCGCAGAUGUACAACGGCGCGAACCCAUUCGGCGACGAGAAGGGUCAGUCCAAGACAGACGACCUGCCGUUCUACUGCAUCGGCUUCAAGUCUGCCGCUCCCGAAUUCACGCUCCGUACGCGUAUCUGGGCUUCCCUACGCGCGCAGACGCUCUACCGUACUGUGUCCGGCAUGAUGAACUACGCGAAGGCAAUCAAGCUCCUCUACCGCGUCGAGAACCCCGAGGUCGUGCAGCUCUUUGGCGGGAACACGGACAAGCUCGAGCGCGAACUGGAGCGUAUGGCGCGUCGCAAGUUCAAGUUCGUCGUCUCCAUGCAGCGCUACGCCAAGUUCAAUCGCGAGGAGCAGGAGAACGCCGAGUUCCUGCUGCGUGCGUACCCUGACCUGCAAAUCGCGUACCUCGAGGAGGAGCCCCCUCGCAAGGAGGGUGGUGACCCGCGCCUGUUUUCUUGCCUUAUUGACGGGCACUCUGAGUUCAUCCCCGAGACCAGCCGUCGGCGCCCUAAGUUCCGCAUCGAGCUUCCUGGCAACCCCAUUCUUGGUGACGGAAAGUCGGACAACCAGAAUCACGCGAUCAUCUUCUAUCGUGGGGAGUACCUCCAGCUCAUCGACGCGAACCAGGACAACUACCUCGAGGAGUGUCUCAAGAUCCGGAACGUGCUUGCCGAGUUCGAGGAGUACGCGGUGUCGAGCCAGAGCCCGUACGCGCAGUGGGGCCAUAAGGACUUCAAGAAGUCGCCCAUCGCGAUCGUCGGGGCGCGCGAGUACAUCUUCUCGGAGAAUAUCGGUAUUCUUGGUGACUUAGCUGCGGGCAAGGAGCAGACGUUCGGUACGCUCGCGGCGCGCUCGCUCGCGUGGAUCGGCGGCAAGCUGCACUACGGUCAUCCGGAUUUCCUCAACGCGCUGUUCAUGACGACGCGCGGGGGCGUGUCGAAGGCUCAGAAAGGUUUGCACCUCAACGAGGAUAUCUACGCUGGUAUGAACGCGUUCGGGCGUGGAGGCCGCAUCAAGCACACGGAGUACUACCAGUGCGGUAAAGGACGUGAUCUCGGCUUUGGUACGAUCUUGAAUUUCCAGACGAAGAUCGGGACGGGUAUGGGCGAGCAGAUGCUCAGUCGGGAGUACUACUACCUCGGGACGCAGCUGCCGAUCGACAGGUUCUUGACGUUCUACUACGGUCACCCCGGUUUCCACAUUAACAACAUGCUCGUCAUCCUGUCAGUGCAAAUCUUCAUCGUCACGAUGGUGUUCUUGGGCACGUUGAACGGCCAGCUCAAGCUCUGCCAGUACUCGAAGUCCGGACAACUCCUUGGCCCCACCGGCUGCUACAACCUCACGCCAGCCUUCCAGUGGAUCGAUCAUUGUAUCAUCAGUAUCUUCUUGGUGUUCAUGAUCGCGUAUCUGCCACUCUUCUUGCAAGAACUCGUUGAGCGUGGCACGAUAAAGGCUGUCUUCCGCCUUGCGAAGCACUUCGGAUCCCUCUCGCCCGCCUUCGAGGUAUUCUCGACCCAGAUCUACUCGCACUCGAUCAUCACAAACAUGACUUUCGGUGGCGCGCGUUACAUUGCCACUGGCCGUGGUUUCGCGACUACGCGUAUCUCGUUCGCGAUCCUAUACUCGCGUUUCGCAGGUCCAAGUAUCUACCUGGGCAUGCGCACGCUGGUCAUGCUGCUCUACGUGACGCUGACGAUUUGGACCGGAUGGGUGACGUACUUCUGGGUGUCUAUCCUCGCGCUAUGCGUUUCGCCGUUCUUGUUCAACCCGCACCAGUUCUCGCCUGCGGACUUCAUCAUCGAUUAUCGCGAGUUUUUGCGUUGGAUGAACCGCGGCAACUCUCGGGCCCACGCCAACUCUUGGAUCGGGUACUGCCGUCUCUCGCGUACGAUGAUCACUGGAUACAAAAAGAAACGUUUGGGACACCCGUCCGAGCGUCUGUCUGGCGAUGUCCCUCGUGCGAAGUGGCGGGCGGUCAUUAUUUCGGAGGUCAUUUUCCCGAUUGUCAUGGCCAUCUUAUUCGUCAUUGCGUACAUGUUCGUCAAGUCGUUCCCCGACAAGAAUGGCAAGCAACCUCCAAGCCCGCUUAUCCGGAUUGCAAUCGUCUCCAUCGGCCCUAUCGUGUGGAACGCAGCUGUCCUGCUCGUCCUGUUCUUGUUCUCGCUGUUCCUCGGGCCAAUGCUCGACACACCUUUCCCUAAGUUCGGCUCGCUGAUGGCGUUCCUUGGGCACACCCUUGGCGUCAUUGGCAUGAUAGCGUUCUUCGAGUUCUUCUGGUUCCUGGAGCUGUGGAACGUGGCACAUGCCGUGCUCGGUCUCAUCACGAUCAUCUUCAUCCAGCGCGCUGUUAACAAGGUGCUCAUCUCCGUCUUCCUCUCUCGUGAGUUCAAGCACGACGAGACGAACCGCGCAUGGUGGACCGGCAAGUGGUACGGCCGUGGCCUCGGCUCGCACGCCAUGUCGCAGCCGGCGCGCGAGUUUGUCGUGAAGAUCAUCGAGCUGUCGCUCUGGAGUUCGGACUUCCUCAUGGGCCAUAUUUUGAUGUUCAUCUUGACGCCGCCCGUGCUGAUUCCGUACAUGGACCGUUUUCAUUCGAUGAUGCUCUUCUGGUUGCGGCCGUCAAAACAGAUUCGUGCGCCGCUAUACUCUAUCAAGCAGAAGCGGCAACGUAGGUGGAUCGUCAUCAAGUACGGCGUGAUUUAUGUGCUGGGAUUUGCCGUCUUCGGGGCAUUGCUUGCACUCCCGCUUGCUUUCCGCGAUCACCUCACAAUCAGCUGCAGCAUUUGCCAGGGCAUCUGAUGGACUACAGUUACGACUCAUCAUAUCAUAGAAUAUUUCCAUUGUACGUUGAACGACCCAUUGCCCACCUACAUACUUGUGUACUACCCGGACUUUCACAUCUUGUCUCCUGAAAGAGAUGGACAAUUCGUUAGUAACGUACUUUUACUCUGCCUGCCAGCCCCUGGUACCUAGUCCUAGGAGCCCAAGCCCAGCCUGCAGCUCUCCUCCGUACCCCAUGUUCUGCCGUUGAUGUUGACGCUGAUUCGGAAGACUCAGAUUCGGACCUCCAUAUCAUACCAUAUCACUGCCGGUCUCUCGCUCACCCUGCACACGAGGAUGCCGCUCGUACCGUCUCGCACCUUUGACGCACAUCCUGAGAUGUUUAUGAACGCUUACAUGUCUUGCACCGCAUUGUAAUCUCAUGUGCCUACCCAAAAUCGACUCGGAUGCUUC